AUGUCGUCGACUCCAGAAUACAAGAUUACCGAUCUGACCCCUUCCGAUUUUGCGGAGUGGAACGCCUUGUUUCGGGCCUACAUCGACUUCUACGAAUCCUCCCUCCCCGAUGAGCAGUAUACAAAGACCUUUAACCGCCUCGUCAACAAGACCAAUGGCCUCGGAGCAUUGGUCAUGAGGGAAGUUUCAGACGAUAAAACGAGAAUCGUUGGCUUUGCUCAUUUCCUUCCUAUGGAAUCGACUUGGAUUGAAAAGAAGAUUCUGUUCCUUGAUGAUUUAUAUGUUGAUCCGUCGGUUCGUCGAAAGGGCCUGGGACGCAAACUGAUACAGGCGGUUGGCGACGUGGCCAAAAACAACGACUUCGCUCGCGUCCACUGGGUCACAAAGCACACCAAUGCUCGUGCCCGAGCAUUGUAUGACACGGUGGCGAAAACUAUCUUCACGGAAUAUCGCAUGGAGCUAGAGUAG